AUGUGGGUGGUAGACCAGGGGCAAGGGCAGGGGACAGUGUCUGUGGAGAAGAGGGGUCUGUUAAGGUUUCCACCCUUGGGCGGGAGGGAGCGGCGGGGUAAGCAGCCUAGGAGGACUAGGGGGCGUCACAAGGCCCGCAGCCAGGGCGCCCCAAGCGAGGCCGCGGUCCGCGGACGGUCGCCAGUGGAGCGGGGCUGCAAGGGGGUGCCGAUGCUGCGAGAGAAAACCUGGGAACCUUGGAACGAGCUUAUGGUGAUUGGGAAAAGAGUGGAGCUCCUGAGUAGAAACACUCAAAAGCCGAAGCUGCAGUCUGAGUACUGGAGACUGGAAGAUGUGGAAAAGACGGUCUUGAAAGGGAAGUCAGGCCCGAGUCAGGAAAAGACGGAUGUGAAGCUGCUGCACCGUGGAGCAAGUGCAUCACAAGCUUCAGUAGAUUUGGGGAAAGACAGCCCAAGGGAGAUUUGGGGAAAGCAAGAGGUCAAACACGAAAUAAGGGCUAAAUCUAAGAGUGCAGGGAUGACAGCAGGGCCUAUGAAGGGGUCUGGGUUUGAAGAGAGGUUGAGGUCUGCUGGGGAGAAGGUAGGGACCACUGGAGAGGACUUGAGAUCCAGUGGAUAUAAACUGGGGCAGAAUGAGGAGUUGAGGUCGAGUGUAGACAAGAUGAGAUCAAGUGUAGAGAAGUUGAGGUCUAGUAGUGAGAAGCUGGUGUCCGGGGGAGAGACGCAGGGGUCCAGUGGAGUGAAGCUGAGGUCCAGUGGCAGAAAGCUGAGAUCAAGUGGAGAGAAUCUGAGAUCAAGUGGAGAGAAUCUGAGAUCAAGUAGAGAGAAGCUAAGAUGGAGUGGAGAGAAGCUGAGAUCAAGUGGAGAGAAGCUGGGAAUCAGUGAUGAGAAGCUGAAGUUAAGUGGAGAAAUGCUGAGAUCAAAUGGAGAGAAGCUAAGAUCAAGCAGAGAGAAGCUGAGGUUGAGUGGAGAGAAGCUGGGGUCAAGUGCAGAGAAGCUGAGAUCUAGCGAGGAGAAGUUGGGGACCAGUGGGGAGAAAUUGGAGGUUUCAAGAAUGGGGAGCAUAAAUGAGGAGAACAUUGAAAAAGUGGUAGAAGUUACUGGUGAUGAAAGAGUGAUGGCAUUUACUGAUGAUGAGAUGGAAAUUCCUUUUGAAAGUGUCAAAGGGAGUGAGGAACUACAAGGGACUGAGAAAGGAGUGGGAGUUGACGGGGGCGUCUUGCGUGAAGCGAAAGAUAUCACUGAUGAAUCUGUUUCUAUGGAAAAGAAAGAUAUUAUAGGUGAAGGUACCAGUGAAUGAGGCAGAUGAAGGACUGACACCAAGCAAGGAAAGAGGCAGGCAAGGGAAGUACUGGAAGUCAGAGGAGAAAUUAGAGCCAGGCAAAACAUUAUUGACACGGAAGGGGUAAAGUUGAGAGAGGAAAGAGUCUGAGCCUAAAAUAAGAGAGUGGAAGUGAGGAAGAAAAGCUACUGGGGCUGAAGGCGGAGGCCAGGAUCAAAGGAAGCAAAGAGGAGUGGCUGGUUCAGAGGGAAGUGGGAACAUAUGGAGGAGAAAGAGAAGACUUGGUAAUGUGUUGACAGAGGAAACUUGGGUGUUGGGAGAAAACCUGACUGGGAGCUCAUAGGGAAAUGUUUGAGAAAAGGAUGGAGGAUGGGCUAGAAGGAUUUUGUCUGACACAUGAUGGGGUGUAUGAGAUGGAGGAUAAUUGGAGCAGGAUAAAGGGUAGAUUUUGAGGGUUGUGGAAGAAGGUGCAGGCUGAAGUGUGCAAAAUUUCUGAAAGAGGAGCCUGAAGAAUGAAGGGGUCCCAAGUGACAAAAGCAGGAGAGGAGAUAAGAAAGAAGUGAGAAAAAGCAUAAGAAGCCACAUGCCAUAAUGGUGAUUGUGUUUUGUUAGUAGAUCUCUGCCAUCCUGAGAUCAUCAGUCCUUGCCUCCUCUGGAAACUCUCUGAGAGCCGGGGAAUCGUCUCUUUUUAUAAGAGGCCUGCACAGGCACAAGGUCAUACUUGGGCAGUUUUUGGCUUUGUGAAAAUCUCUGAGAUUGCACCGCACAGUAUACAAAUGAUAAACCAGACAACCACAUUCGUUCUUUGGAUUGCGUUUUCUCCUGAGAUAUCAGACGCAUUUCACCAGGGCCACAGAAAGAGAAAUGAAGACCAAGAUACCGAGACAAAUGCCAACAACCUGGUGACAGGGAAGAUGAUGCCGUCAGAUCUGUACUUCACAUAGAGAAGUCUGGCUCAGAGAUGGAGUCACCAGGCCAUGGUGUGCGGGCACUCAGUAAAGUGGAUAUACGAUUACUAGAUCAUUAUGGGUGGAGACCCAUCUAACCGGAACCACCACCCAGCCUCUCCCAGCCUCCUUAGAUGACAAGCUCUGGCAUCCUCGGUCCACCCAACUCAGCUCCCAAGCAUUUCGCCGAAACAUCAGUGAGCAGUAGAGAUGGGGUUUCACCGUGUUAACCAGGAUAGUCUCGAUCUGACCUCGUGAUCCGCCUGCCUUGGCCUCCCAAAGUGCUGGGAUUAUAGGCGUGAGCCACUAUGCCCAGCCGGAACCUGCUUUUAAACUUAAUAUAUUGUUUGACUGCCCUUGUCUAGAAAGUGACAGUGACAGUAACAGUGCCAGCCUUUCAGGGUUGCUGGAAGAUUAAAUGAGAUGCCAUGUGCAGUAUGCCAGACAGAUGGCAGGUAUAAAAAUAGGACUCUCCGUUCAUCCUUGAUAAGGCCGUCUGGCUACGUCCCCCAGCUCUCCUGUGUCUCAGAACCUUGUAUAGUUACCAGUUCUCGCUGGCACCUAAGGCAGGACUCAAAAAAUGCCUACGGUGUGACUGGCUGAAUGAAGAGGCAUCGGCUUUAGUGGAAACAGGGACGCCUUCCAUCCCGCUCCUGGCUUCACUCCUCUCCCCUGGUGUCUGAGCCCCCUUUCCUUCCCUGAAACACCUCCUCCUCUGUUCUCCUCACAUCCUCCUGUUCUUCCAGCCCAGCUGCAGACCCACCUCUUCCAAGAAGCCUUUGUUCUUUCUGAUGCAAAAGACUGCUUUGGGGUUCCAUAGUGUUUGUAGUUUGGCCACACGAUUUGUUCUGGGUUAGAUAAUCUCGUCUCUUUUUCCCAGUCAGCAGAGCCCUGUACACUUCUCGUUUCCCUCACAGCCGCCAUCCAACAGAACCCGGAGAAGAUUCUGGGCCGGAAAUGUGACUGGUCCCGCCCUGCUAGGGAAGAGUUCGUCUGGGUGACACAGGGCACAGCACCCACCUGAGCUCAUCUGAGGCGUGGGAGGAAGUGCAGCGGCUCAGAGGGAGCCUCUUCCACCCCUCCACUGCCCCGCUUCCUGGAGGCAUGUCCCGCCUCCUGAAAUUCAUGUGGUGGGCCGUCCCGGGCUCCCAACAGCGGGGCUGCACGUCUUGGGAUAGGAAAUGGGAUUGAGUUGGCCUUUCACAGAGAGUUCUCUCUAGAUAAGAUAAAUCCUUCAGGCCCCGCUAUUUAGAGACGGAAGAUGGGUUAGGGCCCUUUUUAGUCCUGUGGGCUGACUACAGGGAGCCUUGGAAAAGGAUGUCUUCCCUCACCUCACAGCACCUAGUACCAACCCUUCUCACGCCUCCUGGAACAAGACCAAUGGCCCAGGCCUGUAGCUUUCUUAUCCAUCUGGCCGGGCCAUGGUGGAAAAGCACAAACUGGAACUCAGGGCCCCCAAAGAGAUCAGUCUCCCAGAGCAAUCAUGGUAAGCGACAGGGAAAGCCAGACAAGCUCCAGAUUUCCUCCUAGUUUGAAUUUCCUAGAGGGACCCUACGUCCCCUCCUGCUUUCUCCAUCCAUAGCAUGAGCAGCAUUCCUGAGCAGAGCCUGGGCCAGGCCAGGCGGGUAGCAUCCCAGCUCCACUGCUGGUCCGUCGUGAGACACUGUGUCAGCUGCCCAAAUUCACUGUGCCAGGGUGGGGGUGGUCACAGAACCUGCCUCCGAAGCGAGUUGAGUCAAGUGAGCCAAUACACGUAACACGCUUCUGAGUGUGCCUGGCACAGCACAAGUACUGUGCAGGUGUGGCCGUCCGUAGGUGCCUGGACACAGGUGUGGCCAUUCCUGGGUGCCUGGAUGCAGAGAGUGGCCGUCCCUAGGUGUGUGGACACAGAGUGUAGCUGUCCCUAAGUGUCUGACCGCAAGUGAUGUGAGCUUUGCACCCUCUUUGGGACUGUGGCUCCUCCUAUGGUCUAACCCUGAGGGGGCUCCUGGUAGGCCAAGACUGGAUCCCUGGGUGACUAUAUAAAGCCUGGUGGUCUCAGCCUAGCAGAGGCCACCAGUCAGGAGGCAGGGUGGUAUGAGGCAGAUGGACAGAACCCAGGGGACCCCGCUGCCGCAACUGCCAAGAGCAGUGAAUGCUGAACCAGGACUCAGCAGGCAGUGACUGUCCGAGGCCCUGGGCAGGUCACUUAAGCUAUCUGGGCCAGGCUCUUGUCUUGACCAGGGCCUCCCCCCGGUGACCGAAACGAAGAAAGGUUUGGGUAAGAAUAGUCAAUCGUUUCGAUUACUUCUGUGCAUGGGGAAAGAGGGGCCCAUAAGACAAAAACAUCCAAAACACAGAAAACAUU